CACCCUUGUAAAUGUCUUUUCCUUGUCGACAGCGCGAUCGUGAAGUUGUUAUGCUUUUCUGGCAACGUUUCGUUCUUAGACGUUUUAGGAGCAUUUGUUAUCCAUAAAGAGGUUAAAGUGGUGUUACUGUCGUUUGAAACAAGCCCGCUGAUACAAAUGUAAAGAAAACAAGGACAAUUUAAGAACGAUAAUCUGCAAAAUGUUGGUUGCUAAACGCAACAAACCUGAUUGAAAUGAAAGUUAAAUACUUUUCGCCACAGAGCAGCCGCCGACGGGACCACGGAGCAGCGUCUCCAACAAAUGUGCUGAGAUCAAAGAAGAUGGCGGUGACUUGGUGAGGUGCAUGACUGAUAAUUUUUUAGACACAGUAGAAAGCAAAGCAAAAUACUGCGGCGGCGGUGAAAACACAGAUAAACAUUAGGUUUGUACGGAGGGGAAUACUGGACAAAUGUCCGAGCACUUAAGCCUUUUUAUGGCUAAACUUCAGAAUACCCGACCACUUACUUGGAUUUCAUCGAAUAACAAAAGAAACUAUGUGGCCGGGUAUUCUGGAGUUGCAAAAAGUUGAACCUCGAUGAAGCCAGCCACCCUCUAUUAAGCGUCCACAGUAAUCAUGUAGUAAGCAGUAGUUUGCAUUUAUUGUAAAUUAAACCUUUAUUAAACGGCCGUGGCCACAUUUUGCCAACCCAACAAGAGUUCUUCCAUAUUGUUGUCACCUCCAUUACUCUAAGUGGCACGAGGGAAAGUACAGUCCAAGAUGGAAGAUGACAACUGAUUGUGGAGCAGUAAUGCCCACUCCAGUCACUUGUUUGUACUCCAGUACCCCGAGGGUCGCCCCAUAAUGGAGGUUCAAUUGUAAGUUCUACAAAACAGAUUCUUUAGAGCAUUCCUUCAAUGACUCUUUGAUAUGUCACUAUUUCUAAGCACAUUGAUUAAUUGUCAUAAAAUUCAUUUGUUUUUCUCCUUAGAGGCACUUCAACUAAGGAACUUCAUCAGCCAUGUCAAAACCGGUACUAGACAAUAACGCUAGUAAUUCAAAAAGCAGCAAUGGCGACCCUCCGGAGCUUAGAAUUAACUGUUUAUCCAUGCGUGAUGUCAAGGCAAAAACAAAGGACCCAAAAGAUGCAAAUCUUCCUGUUGAUGUGUUAUUAUUAACAGUCAAGAACUGUGAGUUCUUAGCUUGUUAUCAUGAGCUACAGGAUCCAUACAAGUGCUGGUUCGAUGGUCUUGGUUAUGUUUACUUUUCGCAUGUAGAUCAGAGUCAAGAGGAGAAAGUGAAAGUCGCAUUACUGCGUUACUAUAAAAAUGGCAUUGGUCCCGGGGGUUCUCUGAUAUCUGUGAAGAAUGCGGCUUCCAAACUAAGACCCAAGGCGGUUAUUUCUGUUGGAGCAUGCACUGGCCUUAACCCUAACAAAACCAAGUUAGGAGAUGUUGUUGUUUCAGCAAAAUUAACAACAUAUCAAGGGCGGUCAACCAGCUUGAGAAGUUGUGUAAGCAGAAGAUUUCUUGAUAUCAUCAAAUAUUCCAAUUGUGGGUGGGAGGCACCUCUGAAGGACCCAGCAGCACAAGAGAUCCAAGUACAUUCUGAUGGGGAGUUUUUAAGUGGCCCAGAGGAGGUCAGUGCUGCAUGGAGACGUCAACAACUUUCUGAACUGCAUCCUGAUGCAGUGGCUGUUGAAAUGGAAGGAGAAGGUGAGUUAAUGUUGUUCCCCUUGGUGAUUUUUCUCCAUUCCUCCUCUCCUUUCAUAUUUCUUGCUUUUAUUUAUUUUCAGUAGUACUCAAAGCCUCUUAUUUUGAAAUUACACUUCUGAAUGUUUGUUGGGGUAAAAGGGUACAGAUUAUCCAGGUUUUGGGGCUAUUGUUCACUUUUCACACUUCUCAACAAAUGCUAUGUAUUCUCGGUGCUGCGAGAUUAUUCUGCUUUCUGUUUAAUCAAAACAAUCAAUCAAAUGAUAUCUAGCCAAAGGUAAAAACGCCCUUUGCUAAACAACAUAACAAAAGACACGAUGAUUUGCAGUCAAAACAGGACUUGAUGACAUCAGGGAAAUUUGAGAUGGGGAUUGCUUCGACCAAUAAUUGGCCAAUUAUUGAUAGUACGAAGAAUUUGAUAAGCAUGCAUUGAGUUGCUUUCUUUAACAUUUUUGUCUGUAAUUUAGUCCAUGCCUACAAAUUUCAUGGUAAUUUGAAAACUGCCUGAUAAAUAGUCGUUUAAACAUAACAACUUUCUUUAAUUUUCCAGACAUGUUUCGACGGUACAUCCGUCAUCUUCAGUGUUACAUAUUUUGAAAUCGCCGUUGAAUUUAAAGCGCGCGUGAUCUUACAAAAUCAAUGAUCUAUCUUUGCAUGGGAUGUUUAUGGUCUCCUUCGAUGUUGAAAGCCUCUUCACCAACAUCCCUCUAGAUGAUUGUAUUAACCUUGCCAUCAAAUAUAUUACUGAGAGUAAUCCAGGGUUGAAACUUAGUAAAAAUGAGCUUAAAAGGCUGUUUGAGUUUGCUACCAAGGACACUCACUUCCUGUUCAAAGGUAACUUCUAUGAUCAGGUGGAUGGUGUAGCCAUGGGGUCCCCCCUUGCCCCUGUGCUUGCCAAUCUCUUUAUGGGUCACCAUGAGAAUAUAUUGUUGGAUCAAUAUGGGGAUUCAGAGGUAUUAUUCUAUCGUCGCUACGUAGACCAUGCAUUUUGCUUUUUCCACCAUGAACGGGAUGCAACCCUUUUCUUCAAUUACAUCAACAAUCAACACCCCAAUAUACGCUUUACAAUGGAGCGGGAAACUGACCAUGUUCUACCUUUCCUAGAUGUUCUUCUUUCACAGGUCUGCUCACCAGUUAUCUAAGUUUUUGCCCCUUUACCUACAAAUUGGGGUUAAUCAAAACCUUGAUUCAUAGAACUUUUAAGAUAAACAACACUUGGAUGGGGUUCCAUACUGACCUUAAAAAAAUUGUCUGUCAUUCUGCGGAGGAAUCUCUUCCCUGAGAACCUUAUCGACAAAUAUGUUUCUAACUAUAUUCAGACAGCAGUCAAGGGAGGGAAAACACAGCCCUAUUCAGGAGUCGAGCCCCACGAAAGACCUAAGUUCUUCUUUAAAAUCCCUUACGUUGGGCACUUCUCAGUCACCGCACAGAGGAGUAUACGCAAACUUGCUAACCAGUUAUGUAAACCUAUUGAUUUAAGGUUAGUCUUUACUACUUUCAAAGUCAGGAAUCUUUUUAAUGUGAAAGAUGCUGUCCCUGAGGGGCUACGCACGCGUGUGGUUUAUAAAUUAUUGUGUGUAAUGCUUGUUUAUGUUGGUGAAACCAGCCGACACUUCUCCACACGAGUGUGCGAGCACUUACUUUCAGACAGGUCUUCGAAUGUUUUUAAACUUCGAGAUCCUGGACUCUGCAGCCACUAAGUACCAAGUGAAGCUUAAGGAAUCCAUGUUUAUAAAAUGGGAGAAGCCCGAUCUCAACCAGCAGGUGAAACACAUUAAAACCUGACUCUCUCCCUGUAAAGAACUAAGCGUCACUCAUUUAAUUUUGUUUUACUAGGUAAUAUUGACAAGGCAAUGUAAUGAACUUUGUAAGAUCGUGCGCGCUUUAAAUUCAACGGCGAUUUCAAAAUAUGUAACACUCAAGAUGACGGAUGUACCGUCGAAACUUGUCUGGAAAAUUAAAGAAAGUUGUUAUGUUUAUACGACUAUCUAUAUUGUUACUGCUAUCUAGACCUGCGUGAUAAAUGUUUUAAAAACUUGACAAUCCCAAGAAUAAUUAUCAUAACAAAUUUUCAUCUUUAUGAACUACACUGCAGUAACCUUUUUCCAAUAUCUUUGUUAAUGCUGACGUAGUAAACAUUCAAAGUGGGGAAGUAUAGUCCCUAAAAACCCAGUGGAGCCACCUUAAUUGCCUUAUGGCAGUUUGACUGCCAUAAGGUUGAUUGCUGUGUGGGACGACUAACCCUAUCACUCAUACUUUCCAAAUAUGUGUUUUAGGUAUCUUCACAGCUGCAUUUGACACCCAGAUUGAAUGGCUCAUUGUGAAAGGAAUAGCUGAUUACGCAGAUUGCACUCAGUUGACAUCAGAGCAUUGGGAAUCCUGUGCCAGUGUGAUGGCUGCCUCUCUUGUCACCCACAUUUUGAGUGAUCCUGUUGUUUUUCGUUCAUGGCCUCACUAUCAAGGUAGUUUUAGUCGGGAAGUUCUUUCCUUCUUAUUAUUUGGAGGCUUGUUAUCAUUUUGCUCUCUGUACCAGAAUGUUGAUUUUGUUGUGCUUAAAGGAUUUCUAGUAGUUAAAUGAAAGAUAGAUAAUGAUAUUGUUGGAGGUAGGGGUUGUGACCUAGGGGUUAGAGUGCUGGACUCCAGAUUAAGAGGUAUGGGUUCAAACCCUGGCCAGGUAUUGUGUUCUUGGGCAAGACACUCAAACUCUCACUGUGCCUCACUCCACCCAGGUGUAUAAAUGCGUGCCAGCAAAGUCAGGGCUAUUAGGGACUAUCAUCACAUCAAGGGGAGUCCAGCCAAUAUUUUUUUCCUUUUCAUAUUGUGUAUUGUAAUGUUAGUAGUGUAGUGAUCACACUACAGUUGUUAAUUUGCGUAUUGUAAUAAAUGUAUUGUAAGAGGUUUGUGGAGUCAUUGGUAAAGUCUAACUAAAAACAAUUUCCAUCAAAGGGAGAGAAGAGAUAUCUCUAGUUGCCAUGGAAACUGGGAUAAGCUCUGGCCUGAUGGGCCAUCAAUGGCCCAUAACCUGUAUGCGGACUCAAGAUGAAAUAAUGCAUUUAAGUUGCUUAUUUGUUGGCAUGGGAAGAAAUUUAAUCCACGAAGCAGCAAAUGUAAAUCAAAGAGUAUUCAUGUUUUCUUUUAAUAUGUGCAGUAAAUGUAUGCCUGCCAGAUUACUGAAUAUACGUUUGAGUGAUUGAGCAUUCAACACCAUCUACGUACCAAUUAAUACGGUUUUUGCUUGUGAUUUGUUGUAGACUUGUCGGAGUUGGAUUCAGCCAGCAACUUAACGAAACCAAGACUUUCCUGUGAAGGUGCAUAGAGUACUAUAUCAUUCCCAGAGUGCAGGAGAUAGGGAGUUUAUAGGGAGUGUGGUUAUUAUAACUACCAAAACAGGUAGACCGCUAAUUCAGAGAUACACAUAACAGUUGAUUGUGUGGUUAACCACUUUAGGAUGAUAAUGUGAACUGCAGAAAUACAAAUUUUGAAUGAAGAUAUGAUCGCCAUUGUUAGCGCUGUAGUGCUCUCACCAACUAAGCAAUGUAGACCCAUAUAACAGGGGCACCCAACGACAAUUUUCGGAAAAUAUCUGUUCAGAAGACGGGCACCCAACGGGAAUAUAGUUCAAAACCACUUAAACAUACCAUUUUUAAACAUAUUUUAGUAUUUAAACGGUAGAUAAAGGCAUAUUUUUAUCCCCUAAAAAUUUUUCAUCUGUUCGGAUUUUCAAGCUGAAAGUUUAGUGAUCCGAAAAUUAUAGGGAUCAAAACUUACCUUUUCGAAAAUAUCAGCCAGAAAAUAGGCUCCCGAAAAUUCUAGGUGACCUUUUUAGGGUAAAAAUCCAUUAAAAAUAGGCAAUUAUACCAUUUUUUAGAUGUUCGAAAAUCCUAGGAGAGGCAGGCAAGCAAGAAGUUUUACAACAAAUGUUUCGAAAAUUCUAGAUCUCAAAUCGUCUUCCGAACAGAUAUUUUUCCGAAAAUUGUUGGGUGCCCCUGAGAAGACGACUUAAGAUCUAGAAUUCUCGGAACAUUUGUUGUAAAAUUUCUUGCUUGCCUGCCUCUCCUAGGAUUUUCGAACAUCUAAAAAAUGAUAUAAUUGCCCAUUUUUAGAUGAUUUUUACCCUUAAAAGGUCACCUAGAAUUUUCGGGAGCCUUCCUUGUGGCUGAAAUUUUGGAAAAGGUGAAUUUUAAUCCCUAUAAUUUUCAGAUCACUAGACUUUCAGCUAGGAAAUCCAAACAGAUGAAAAAUUUUUAGGGGAUAAAAAUGUGCCUAUAUCUACUGUUUAACUAAGGGUUAUCGGCCUGAAGCGAGGGGUUAUGGGAUUUAUUCCCCUCGUGCGAGGGGAAUAAGUUUAUUCCCCUUGCAUAUUAAUACAUAAUCCCCUCACAUUUUAACUACCUGUUCAUUAGCCCCGCUCUUCCCUUCAAACAAUCAAAGCCGCACCCAGCUUUUCAGACAGUUGAUUCGGGGGUUAUGUAAUAUACUGCCCCCGAGAAGAACAAAGGAAUCCAAGCUUAUGUAAAAAUAAAUACUAAAAUACAUUUAAGGUAUCUGCACCGGCAAAUUGUGCUAUAUUUAAGUGGUUUUGAACUAUAUCCUCGUUGGGUGUCCCUGAUAUAACCCAGAGGCCAUGGGUUCGAAUCCCGUUAAAGUCCCAGCAAUUUCUUAAAUUGCAAUUACCGCUGCGAAGAUAGGCCAAGUGGUGUUCUCUGUCAACCAAAAUGGAGCAGGCGCAGAUCUAGAAUGAAUACUGACUGAUUUCCAAAACGAGCGCCGAAGGCACAAGCUUCCUAGGGGGAUCUGUAAGUAUACCCCACUGGGAGAUUUUUGAAUUUUAACUCCCAAAAGUCCCCUUUCCUUGGUUUCUGAGUCAUUCAUACCGGAUAUUGGCCAGUUCAUUAUCCUUGGAUGAAGUCUUGCAAAUCGGCGUAUUAUUUCAUCAAGGUUAAUUUCCAUGUUGUAUAGGAUAUCAUAUGGAGCAAAAUUUCAACUUGGAAAGUUUUUUAUUAUAAAAAAGAUAUUUGUUAUGAAAAAUCUGACCGAUUUCCGUAAAACCGUGGAAACCGGUGUGGAUCCGCGCCUGUGGAGACAUUUUUGUUUGCGGAAAGUCAAUGGAUAAAAGUUCUUUCGAUUACAACCUUCUAGCGCUAUACAUGUAUAUAAACUCUGCCCACUCUGAUGCGCGAACAACGAAGCCAGCAAUGAGAAAAGAAUGUGACCACAUGAGUUCACAUUUUGGCUUGACAAACAAAUCCACGUGACCUAAGUCGCUGACGUUUGGCGCCAAAAUCAGCUGUCACACGUAUCAUUGAAUUCGUGGUCUACCUUUCUCAGUAGUCUCAGUAGUGAAAUCUACUGAAAUUAUAUCCAAGGUCGUUUUCCACUACCAGUAAAGGUACAUUAAUUUUGUUUGCCCUUUGUCCUGAUGUGCUGGUGAGGUAAAUAGGCCAUUUGCACAAAGAUGUCAUGUGACAUCAUUUUUAUGAAAAUGAAAUUUAUUUGAAAAUUAAACAAGACUUACCUGUAAGUUGAAGUUUGAUGAUAAUUCUGCCAAAUCAUUAGUAGUACAGUAGGGUUAACAUGAGAUGCGCACGCACCGCCGCAGGUCAGUCUUAAAAGAAUUUUGUGAUCACUAAAACACAGCCGAAACGACGUAAGGGGUGGGUGUGAACAUAUGGGUGCUAUGGGCAUGUUAACCCUACUGUACUACUAAUGAUUUGGCAGAAUUAUCAUCAAACUUCAACUUACAGGUAAGUCUUGUUUAAUUUUCAAUUCUACCAAAUCAUUACAUACAUCCGGGUUACCAUGAGACUUUAACGCAGUGAGCACAAAAUGAGAAAACACCCAAACAACUUCACACGCCGACUUUAAUUGUACACUACUUUGCAAUACAAUUUUGUUGUACAAGGCAUUAACCUAAGUAAGAACUGCCAAACUCAUCUGGUUUGUUACAGCAACUGGCUUGUUGUAAAACUUCCGAAAAGUGGACUCCUCAGUCCAACCAGCUGUUGCUAGAAUCACAUCAGUGGAAACUGACAUAAGAGCUUUACUCGUUGAAGCACACCUAGUGCUAUGACCAGAAAAUAUUUCUGUAUCAACCCCUGCUUGUCCCAACAAAGUUUUGAUCCAGCGUCCAAUAGUAGACGAGGUUACUGCCUUAUAGGGCUUUAUAUACGAAACAAGCAAUUUUGAAGAAUUCCUGAGCUUUUCAGUAGCCUGUAGGUAAUAAUCUAAUGUUUCAUAAACACACAGUUCCCUUUACUGGAUACUUGUAAAAGCGUACAUUGCCAAACACUUUGCCAGGUUUGUCCUGCUUAAUGUGUUCAGUUAAGGCAAAAUUAAAACAUGUAUCAUUCUUCUGCAUAUAUUGCUCUGAUGUGUCCAAAAGGUCAAAGUCUGACACCUCUGCCCCGUAGUUAAGGCAAUCAACAUGACUAAUUUCAGGGUGAGUUCCUUCAAAUUGAUCUCGUGCAGGGGCCAAAAUAAACUCAAGUAAUCAAGGACAGUAUCCACGGACCAGAUAUUGUUAUACUUUGGCACAGGCUUGAGCUUGUUGAACACCCCUCUAAGGUAACGGCAAACAAGGAAAUGCUUCCCAACAGGUGUGUGAGAUGGAGCAUCAUUAUCACUCAUACCAAUGUUAGAGACUGCAGACCGAGCUGUAUUCAACGCAGAAUAGCUCAAGCCACUCUUGAAAAGACUGUGCAGAAAAGAGAGUACAGCCGUUACAGUGGGAUGCAACGGAUCAAUCUUUCUUUCACUGCAAAAUUGCAACCACUUGUUAAUAUACACUUUAUAUUGUUUCUGAGUGCUGUCUCUCCAUGAAUGCAUGAUGAUGUCGACAAUGUCUGGCGAAAUCUCAGACUCCUGCAAGGAUCGCCUGAUAACUUGCAUACCAUCAACUGCAGGUGUUGGUGUAGGGGAUGAGGACCGUCCAGAGUUGGAUGAAUCAGGUUCUGAACUGAAGCAUUGAAUACACGUGGCGUUUCUGUUAGUAGGCUCAGUACAGCCGUAAAAUAAGGCUGAGUUGUCCACAAGGGAAUUACUAGAAUUCCUGAUGCCUGGUCGUGAAUUAUUUUCUGUACACACCUUGAAACAAGACAAAAUGGAGGAUAAGCAUAGAAGAAAAAUUGUGACCAAUCAAUGGUAAAAGCAUCCACAAACUUUGCCAUUGGAUGUGGUUUCCAGGAAACAUAGUCCUUUACCUGAGCAUUAAGUCUACUAGCAAAUAGAUCUAUAUCUGGUUUGCCAAAUAAAGCUACUAUCCUCUGAAAAAUUGGAGCGGAAAGCAUCCAUUCCAGAUCCAAAUUCAAAUUCCGAGAUAACCGAUCAGCAUCAAUAUUGCUUGAUCCUGGAAUAUGGGCUGCUGAUAACCAAAUAUCUUUGUCAACAGCCCAAUCCCAAAUAUCCUUAGUAAUGGAGUUACAUUCUAAAGAUCUACAACCUCCCAUAGAAUUAAUGUAAGACACAGCAGUGUUGUUAUCAGACAUAACCCGCACAUGAAUGUUGUUCCUGGCAUCAAGUAGGGAGGACAGAGCAAGCUUAACUGCUAAUAAUUCCAGGUAAUUUAUGUGCCUGGAUGACUCUGACUUAGACCAGAUGCCACUAGUGUUAUUCCCAUGUUCGAUUUGAGCACCCCAACCCAUCUGGGAUGCAUCAGUGUAAACAACUACAUCAGGGCUAUUAUGAAAAAUUCUUCUUGAUGCUGUUAGAAUAUUUGCAGACCACCAGUGAAUCUCUUCCAAACUGUCAUGAGACAAGGUCAUGAAUGAAUCAAAAUUCCCCCGGUUCAAUUUCAAAUUUGCUUCUUUGUCAACCUCAAUGUGGCGAUAAUGUAAAGGGCCAAAUUCCACGCCUGGAAAGCUGGAGACUAAGGUCCCAAGAAAAGAUGCAACUUCGCGAAUAGUAAACCGUUUAUUUGGAAGAGAGAACUUUUGGCACAACUGUAAAAUUUUAACAGCUUUCUUGUUAGUCAAAGUAACUAACAUGAGAAUAGAGUUCAAAAUAAAUCCUAAAAACUCUAAGAUCUGUGUUGGUAUAAUAACGGACUUUUCUGGAUGGAUUUUAAAACCCAGACUGACAAAAAGUUGUAUAGCACGUAAUGUGGCUUCUUCACACUCUGUAUAACUAUCUUCCAGAUAGAAAGAGUCAUCAAUAUAGCCCAGACAGGUGUGGCCAAACUGACUCCUCAAGUGGCUAAAGACUGGUUUUAGAACUUUCGUAAAAAUCCUAGGGCUACUAGUCAAUCCCAUAGGCAGGCUAGUGAAAGCAUAUAAUUGAUCCCUCCAAAUAAAUUUUAAGUAUUUCUGAUGUUCUUCUGCAAUAGGGAUAGAGUAAUACGCAUCCUUCAGAUCUAUAGAUGUCAUGUAACAUCCAGGCCUCAUGAGUCUAAUAGCUGUCUCUAACGUGUCCAUUUUAAAAUGAUGGUAUGUCACUGACUCAUUCAGUUUCUUUAGGUUAAAUAUAACCCUGUGAGACCCAUCUUUCUUAGGCCUUGUAAAAAUUGGAGAUAUCACCUGGCCAUCCUCAUGUGAUGAUAGCCUUAUUAUCCCUUUAAGAAGGAAUUUUUCUACUUCAUUGUCAAUGAUAGUCUGUUCAAUUUCAGUAAAGGAACAAAAAGGCCUAGUAACACUAGUACAUACUCCAGGUUGCCAGUCAAAUUCAAUAUGACAGUGAGUAACUGCAUCCCAGAUAAAAGGAUCUGAUGUGAUAGUCUUCCAUACAUGAAGACAGUCCCGCAGCCCUCCUGCCUUAAAAGGAGUUUGAUUUGCAAUAAUAGUAGUAGCAAGAGUUGUCUGGCUUACCUCAGCUGGUGAUCCUACUGGGUCUUGGUUGCCGAGGUCCUGGGAUUCUGGUGGGGCCGAGCAUGGCCCCGGCCUUGACCUAAAAAAGAAUUAGAGGAGGCUCUUCCCCUGCCAGCACUAUGACCGAAGCGGCCACGACCACGUACACCUCUAGAGGCGGGGACUUUGUAAGGUUCCAUGCGUCUCUUAGGAGUCACUUUAUUGCUGAGCUUUUGUGACUUUGUUAACUCUUCCACUUCUUUGUUUAGGUCAUCUCCAAACAAGAAUGUUGACACAGCUGUAGAUGGGUUGCAUAAAGGAGCAUAUUGCUUGUUUAGGUCAGGACGAAUGAGAUCUCUUCGUUUCAGAUUAAGCUCUCUAUUUGCUGACAACAGCAGGACUGCUGUAUGGGUCAAAACAUUCCUCUGAUCCCCAUUUGCACUGUUGCACAGCUGAAGUACAGCAUAUAAACCUGACAAGAGCAAGGACUGUGCCUUCUGGAAAGCUGAAUCAUUGUUUCUGGUCUCCUGUCGUAAUUGUUGCCAAAUUUGCUUGUUUAUCUUGGGUGCAACCAAAUUAGUGCAGUUUUCAGGUCUGAGGUACUUGUUCUGUACCUCGGCCAACUUUUCUUUUGUGAGCUUCUCUGUAAGCAGACUCUUCACUAUUUCUGCCAAAUUUGCAUCUAUGGCAGGUGAAGUUUUCUCUAGAACGCUAAAUUCAUCAGCGAGUGAUUUAAAGGAACCGCCAUCCGAGCCUUCAGCAGGGUCUGACGUUUUUGGCUGGAUAAAAUCAUUUAUUUUAGUUGCAACAGUCGUUACAACAGCUGUAUCCGAACACUCAGUGCUCGCUUCACCGCUCUCAGGGCCGGUCUCAUAAUCUUCAAAAUCGGCAUAAACCUUCUCGAUAGAGUCUUGCACGUGAGCCAAAAUGUCUCUUUUGGCAUCAUCUAAAAGUUCAGCAAACAUCGCCUUGAAGUCCACGGGCGAAGUACCUCCAGAAUUUGUAAUUUUCUGAGACUCCUCAGACAUCGUCUGAAGAAAUUAAGAUGAAUAAAGAACACGUCAAGCUUUUUGUACUACAAAAUGGCGGACUCGUCCGCCACGUGGUAUCAAAACAGUCGGUCCAAAUAACCGGCUAUGUAGCUAGUCACAAACUCGUUGAGACUUGUAAAGAUACGAGGAAAGGGUAUAAACGCGUUACACCACAAUUGCUUAAACUCUGGACACGUCCAGGAGUCUUCUCAUAAAACUAUAAUUCGGCACAAGAGCCGAGACCGCCUGUGACGCGUCACAGAGCACGAAAAAGGAAAAAAUCCAGACAAUAACGGCUGGAAAAUGUAAUGUGGAGCGCGUCCACAAUAAAAGAAAAAUAAACGAAAAAGUAACUGUAAACUUACCGUGAUAAGCAGCUGCCAACGGCGUAGAAAUAUCGGAGAAAAAUACACACGACUAAACCCACGGCGAACGAUACAUGCACUGACCUGCGGCGGUGCGUGCGCAUCUCAUGGUAACCCGGAUGUAUGUAAUGAUUUGGUAGAAAUAAUUUUGCCUUCGAAAAACGAUUAGUGGGUCAUAUUUUAAACAAAGUAAUGGUGAUUUGGUUUUUCAAACCCGCACCAUUUUCUUAAAAUGAGUAAGUUGGUAGCUGGUCACGUGACCAAAAUGUGACUUUUAAAAUUAGGAAGUACAUCUUCCCGGAACACAAAUUUUGCACUUAAAGUUCAAGAAAAAUGUUGACAAGAUGAUGUGGUAACGUUUACAGCACAUCUGAGCGUAACUAUCAAACGUUUAACAAGAUAUAAGCAAAAAGUGGUUUUGGCCGCCAUGUUGGAGGGCAAGAGUAUGCCCUCCAACAUGGCGGCCAAUACAAAUCAUACUGCUUUGUUGAAAAAUCAAAGUGCCAUAAAAUACCUCCCUUAAUCUUAAUCUCCCUUAUUUUCAUGUGCUCUGUCAAUUUUUGGCAUCAGCAAUAUUCCAACUCAUCGUUUCUGAAAGAAGUAUUGGUCACGUGACCUCUUAGUGCAACUGGCCUAUUAUAUGGUUUAAUCAACUCUUAAUGUUUUGCAAUCGUUUAUGGCGAUUUGCCCCCAUUUUACACUAACAAUGAGCUGAAUGUCCCACUUGUACUUUUUAAAGCAGAUUCUGCCCAUGCAUUUUUGAAGUGGAGUCAAAGUCAACUGUGCUCACUUUACAAUGGCACGCUUGGUCAGGUGAUGAUUACUCCAUGGAACCCAGACAACACCAUGGACAUGGAUGAGGUGUAUGUUCAGUUAUCACUGCUGAGAGAUGAAAGAAAAUUUGGUAAGACAACAAAAAAGAAGUUUGAAGAUUACAGUGAGAUAUUUUCGAGCCACGGGCAUCAUCUCAUCCCUAAAAGAAUUCUAGUGUACGGAAAUCCGGGCGUAGGGAAGUCCACAUUUUCAAAGAAGCUUGCCGUGGACUGGGCAAGAGGCGAGAAAGAAAUUCUGAAGCAAUUUACAGUGUUGCUUUUAGUCCAGCUACGAGAUGUUUGUAACACCCCAAGUGUCUGUGCCAUGCUAGAACAGGCAGAGCUAUUGUCUGCUGAAAACCCACUGGUUUUUAACCAGCUCUACGAUUAUAUUCUUCAAAAUCAGGAGAAAGUUUUGCUUGUUUUGGAUGGCUUUGACGAAUACAGUGCUGAGAAAUCGUCGCCAAUUCAUCAUAUUUGGAGAGGCAGUUUGCUGAGAGAUUGCAUGACCAUCGUAACUACAAGGCCAUCGAAAGAGGACGAGCUACGAAAACCAAGUCAUGUUCAGUUCGAGAUCAGAGGGUUUACUAAUGAUCAAAUUAAACAGUUUGCCACGAAGUUCUUUUCUCACAGGAGGGACAUUACAGAUGAAUUUACCAAAUUCUUAACUGAACGGCAACUGUGGGGUAUGGCAAAGAUACCGCUUCUUUUGUUGAUGCUUUGUCUAACUUGGAAGAAGAGAGGUCAAAGCCAUCAAGAAAAGUCACAAUCCCGCGCAGAUCUUUAUGAAAGAUUUUUUCAGACUCUGCUGGAUCAUGUUGCAGCCAAAAUGUCAGGUCAUAGCUUUACAAGUCUUGAUGAAUACAAAGAUGACCUCACGAAACUGGGUAAAGUUGCAUUUGAUGCACUUUUAAUGGAUUGCCUUUAUUUUGAGCUCAGCAAAGUGCCCGCAGACAUUCGUUGUCUUGUCAAGAAAUUUCUCUCCGUGGGUUUCUUCCAAGUUUCUAAGCUUUCGAGUUCAUCUCGUCCUGAUGAAAUCGUACACUUUUUGCAUAAAAGUGUACAAGAGUUUCUUUCUGCCUGGUUUAUAGUUAAGGAAGUCACAAAAACAAAGACGGCAUCUCUCACCUGUCUGUCAAAUGUCGAUUCGUUUGAGAAGGUCAAGAAGAUGCACGAAGUACUGAAAUUUGUCUGCGAGAUUUCACCAGAAUCUGCGGUGGCUGUUUUUCGUCAUCUACAGAUGAUAGGAGAAAAAGAGGGCCUUACGGAGUACAGCUUCUCCUUCAGUCCCUCCACUAACGAUUUAUGUGCAGAUCAAAGAGAGUUGAAUCGAAUAAGCCUAGACUGUUUCCUGUCCUGUCCAGCCCCAGAAAGACAAAUUAUCUACCCUUCAUUUCUUCACUGUGUUAACGGUGUUGUAGUGAUACGUCAAACUGACCAUCUAUCAAUUGUUGCUAGAGAACAUGUCUUGAAGUUAUUUACUUCACCCAAGCCGAAUUAUGUAUUUUUUUCUGAACCGUACAGAGUACGAUUACAAGACUUAGUUAGUAAUAUGUUCUCCGUUAUUUGCGACUUGCAACCUGUUUUUGUCCCCCUUUUUGGUGAUCAAGAUUCCAAGCUUGUAAAUGCUUACGAAGACCUGUUUUAUUAUUCUCCUUUCGUGAAGAGAGAAGAACAGCAAAUGGUGCUGCACAUAACUGACCUAACACGGCGAUCCCACUCUCAGUUGUACUUAGAUCUCCUGAAUGACAUAUCCGAAGCACUAUCUCCUUCUCCGCAGACUGUUGAUGAAGUACCACAGGAUGAAACAAAUAAUUCUUCUCGUUUGACUCAAGAAAAGGUUGACCAAACUAGAAAACAUUCUCUGUCAUAUCUCAUGUAUUUUGUGGUUGAUUAUCCAUCACCUGAGGAGCUGUUGGUGGUGGGUAAGUUGUUAAAGUUUGUAAACAGACUUGAAACCUUGCAAAUUACACUUGAUGACAAGUACUGGCAAGAGGGAUUAUAUGACGUUCAGGUUGUAGAAAGUUUAGUGUCCCAUAUUUACUGCACUUAUAUUACUGACAGUCUUCACAGUCUAGCGCUGAGGCGUUUUCGUAUGACACAGAUAAUUAGUGCUCGUAUUGUUAGAUCACUUUCCCAGGCUCCCAACUUGCGCAGCCUUGACUUGUCAUGGAACUGUUUAUUGUACUCUGGUAUAAAAAACUUAACUGAGAACCUUCACCAUUUAAAACAUUUGUCGCGUCUGGAGUUGCGUGAUGUUGGGAUUGGACAUCUUGAGUGCCAGCUACUUUCCACUUCAUUGAAAUAUAUUGGCAAUUUGCGAGUUCUUGAUUUGUCUCAAAAUCCGCUGGCUCGUGGGAUUUUAGAACUCUCCAAACACCUGAACUGUAUUCCCCAUCUUCAUGAACUGGUCCUCUACUACACUGACAUGGGUGAAAGGGAAGUCACUUCCCUUGCUCGUGCAUUCAAAAAGACUCCAGAGCUGGCAAGACUUGACCUUUCGCAUAAUCCACUGGGUCGAGGAGUAGGUGAGCUGAUCAAACAUCUUAAAAGUAUUCCUCGUGUACGGUCCUUGGAGCUUUCAUCUGUGCCAAUGACACGCAAAGAAGUCAGUGACCUCUAUACUGCUGUAUCGCCUCUAACCGGCGGAAUCGUCCUUAACACGGAUUACCAUGUAAGAGUUUUUCCUUGCAAUUAGAUAAAGAAUACCACACGUAGUACUGCGGUGCACAGAGAAAGGAUCGAGUUAGGUUAGAACUGAGUACAGGGAAUAAGCGAUACGAUUUAUUAAAUUAAGUUCAACGUGAGUCAGAACAUAAAUCACAUCUCAAAGGAGCUGCAUGAAUUUUUGAAGUUUUAAGCAGUUGAUGAAGUUGUUUGAGCAAGAAGGCUGGAUGCAGGAAUCGUCUGAUCGGCCCCUAACAUCUUUCAAAAGUAGAUUGCAAAGGUGGUUUUUAAGUAGAUGAUGUACAGCUUUUCUUUUUUUAUUUUCAGGCACUCUUUACCCUGAAUGGUGGUAAUGGCCUUCUAAUACAGUAAAAACCCACAUAUAAGAACCUAAAAUUUAAGAACCUGUUAGACUAAAAUGUUCAUUUUAAACUCCCUUUUCAUAAGAACCUAUUUAGCCUAAAAUUUUCGGUCAACAGGUUCUUAUUUUACAAAAAUGAAGGCAGAGAAGAAAAUACAGCCGGAAAAAAAUUGACUCUAGGUUUCAGUCAGUAAGAUUCAAAAUGUAACACAGCAUUGAAUGGACAGGGGUACCCAAUGAGAAUAUAGUUCAAAACCACUUAAACAUAGCAUUGUUAAACGUAUUUUAGUAUUUAAAAGGUAGAUAUAGGUAUAUUUUUAUCCCCUAAAAAUUUUUUAUCUGUUCGGAUUUCCUAGCGGAAAGUCUAGUGAUCCGAAAAUUAAAGGGAUCAAAACUUACCUUUUCGAAAAUUUCAGCCAGAAAAAAGGCUCCCGAAAAUUCUAGGUGACCUUUUUAGGGUAAAAAUCCGUUAAAAAUGAGCAAUUAUACCAUUUUUUAGAUGUUCGAAAAUCCUAGGAGAGGCAGGCAAGCAAGAAAUUUUACAACAAAUGUUCCGAAAAUUCUAGAUCUCAAAUCGUCUUCCGAACAGAUAUUUUCCGAAAAUUGACGUUGGGUGCCCCUGAAGACAUGCAUGCUAGCACUUUGGAAAGGUAAAUUUACUGUAUGGUUAUCAUUUAAUCUGUAUUCUAGAUAAUUAUUUAAUACAGCAAUAUAUUCCAUAUCACAUAUGCCCUGUAGUAGUUAUCUGUGUCGAUCGCUGGUGCCCAUAUCAAAUUAAGAACCUAUUUAAGAACCUAAGUAGCCUUUUCGGAGGGAGAGAAACGACGGCCGGAAAUACGUUUGCUGUUCGCAGGCUAAUUUUGGCUAAGUUGGAAAAAUCUAGGUUCUUAUACGUGGGUUUUUACUGUAAGCCGAGAUAUGAUUUCCCAGGGUCUGAAAUGUAUAAAACGAGGAAUGUAGUUAUCGACAGCAAUUUUUUGUAAUGAUUCAGCUAUGGUAUAAAGUAGUUUCUUACUGACUGCUGCAACUCAGGAAUCUCCGCCCGCCCCAAUUAGUUUUCGCCAUUUGCGGGCAGGUCCCGGUUCCUCAAAAGAUGGUUAAGUUUAACCCAGGAUUAAGCCAAAUUUUCGGCAAGUUUUUUGUCUAAGAACAUGCAACUCGAGCUUACAAAAUGCUGUUCAGUCUUUACUCCGAGAUACAGUUAUGAUAACACAGAAUGUUACUACAAGCAAUGCAUAAGUAGGAAAAAGUACAAAAAUGGAACGGACUUUUAGUCCUGGAUUAGCGCUAAUCGACCUUUCAGGAACAGGGCCAAGAACUGUAUUUGAAUAUGUGUGUGAAUAAGUAAAUAGAGUGAGUGAAAUGGAAUGAAAGGAAAAAUUGCGCAGUCAUAGGUGUUGACCACGUUUAGUCAUUUAUAAUUCAUAGUUACUGACAACUAAAAAGGGCCUAAAUGUGUCCUUCCCUCUUCUUUCCUCUCACACCCUGCCCUCCCCUGUGUCUGACUCUGUUAAUUAUUUGCGUAACGUCGAUGCUGCUUUUUCUUUUACUUUGUCAGUACCACUUGGACCAGGUUGUACUCUGGCCUGAGGAUGUGUUGAAACAGCGUGGUGUAUCUUAUGACGAUGAAGAGUGAGGCUGAAAGCACUUUUGUCACACUCAGGAAGUAGGAAAAAUGCCUGAGGAGACAACAACGGCGUGACCUCUUCUUCAACGUCUCUCCUGUUCCCGUGCCUCGGGGUCAGUUGCUUUAAACUUCGAACCGCCAACCACCAACGUCUGACUUCAGACCAGUUAAACACUGGGUUUAUUUUAACGCCCAACCUUAGCAGUUAUGUGAACUUAAUAACUUAAUAAUUCAAUAGCCAUGUUAAUUUAAUUUUACAUAUAGCUUCUUUGUUGCUUGGUUCAGGGCUAUGUAAAUAUGAUCACUACUCAGGGGAGAGAAAAAUAUUUGUCCAUUUCACAAUUUACGGAGAAUUAAAAAGGCCUUAUACUGAUCACGAAAUAAACCUUUGGAAUGAGUAUCGAAAAUUAGAAAAUUGCAACACGAUGGACAAUGCAACGUGCAGGGAACUUGUCAGCUUUACUUGGCUCGGAGGAAAACAAGUUUGCGACUGUGGUAGGUAGACGAAGACAUUCUGCGCAGUUUACUCCUGUUUCCUGUCACAUGAAUAAAAAACAGUUCAUUUCUUGCAUCACUCGGUUGACGGGGAGGGUUGUACCUAGAGUAACACUUACAGUAACUUUGGUAACGAUGGGAGGGCUUGUGCUUACAACAAAUGUUGGGUCAUAUGACACGCUACUGACUUUCUUCAGUUAGCAGAUUAUCACUCUACAUCCUUAAACCCUUACCUCGCGCCAACAGGUCGCCACAAGCUGCUCGCUUUUGACUUUUCAUUUUUCCCGGCACAUUUAAUUCUUAAGUAUAAAUAGUAUCUUUUUAUGUGUAUUAUAUAAGUUCUUUUUCAUCGUAAAUUACUUUAUUUUUGGGUAUAUACAUGUAUAACUAGUUAUAUUGCAGAUUGUCUAUAUUUUAUUAGGCAGUUUAUUCCAAGGAAUCUCGUAUUCUGAUUUAAGCUUACGUCGGCCCUAUGCAGUGCAAUGUUAUUUGGAAUUUUAAAUUAAAGGAC